AUGAGGCUGGAGAGCAAAAGCAACUUCAAAUCAACUGAGGAAGUUUUGAACGCCCUUACGCGAUAUCAAUACGAGCCACUUCGUGGAUCAGACAAUAUCCGUAUAUUGACCCUCCACGCAACCGAAGAUCACAUCGAGUGUAGCCUCCAACAGAUCGACGUCUCUGACGGUGGCUACCAAGCCCUCUCCUACGUAUGGGGCAACCCAGCAAAACCCUUUCGAGCCAUUGUUCGCGGCGAUGAUGGUUCGAGAAUCGGUUAUAUUCCCCUUACGGCAAACCUUAAAGAUGCAUUUGGAGACUUGAGGGAUGCCGAGGGGUUGCAGAGCAAAGUGUUCUGGAUUGACCAGAUCUGUAUUGAUCAGGAAGGCGACGAGAAGAACCAUCAAGUGGCUAUGAUGGGAGCGAUUUAUAAGAAUUCAGCAAGGGUCAUCACUUAUAUCGGCCCAUCUGGGGAUGACGAAGAAGAGAAAGCCGCGAUGAAGUUGCUGGCACGCUUGUACGAACAUUUUGAAGAGAACUACGAAUUCUUGUUUAAACAUAGUAGUCUCAGCGAGGUGUAUCGGAGAAAAUCAGAAUUUCCAGUGAAGGAACUACCAAAGGAAUUGCAAUAUAGUGAUGAUGAGAGGAUGAACUUUCGCGGCAAGACCGACGAAGACGCAUAUGUCGUUCAAGGUUGGAGACGAUUGUUCGAAUUAGCAUUCGGGAAGUGGACAGAGCGGUUAUGGAUAGUGCAGGAGCAACUACUCAACAGUGAGACGUCGAUGUUACGUGGACCAUUACUACUCCCCUGGGAUACUAUUCCAGUUAUGGCAAUGCUUUUUUUCUCGGAAUUGUUUCCAAACGCUCAUUACCUUCGUUUUAACCAGGAAUAUGGCUCACAGUCUUAUCUGGCCCCCGGAUAUUUUGCUUGUUCGCUGUACUCGAUAUGGUAUAAUCGGAAGAAGCUGAAUACUUUGAAACCUCGAAUAGCAGGUGGACCGGAUGAACUCUUCGUGCCAACUCUGUCUAAUAUGGCAUUCUAUCAAGGUCUCAUUUGCCACGACCCCCGCGACCGAAUUUAUGGCCUACUAGCUAUUUCGUCCGAUGCCAAAGAACUGGGUAUUAUUUCAGACUACUCCGUCGAUAGGACAGCAAGCAGUGUUUAUCUCGACUUCUCCGUGCGCGUCUUACAACGUUGGAAGGAUCUUGAAUUACUAGCUUAUGCCUCCCGCUGGUCGAACCCGUCGGAUAUUACAGUCCCCUCGUGGGCAAUCAAUAUCCCUCCCCUUCCACUACCAGAUAUUGCGCCUUAUGGUGUUCUAGCGCCGCAUGCAUACUCUUCCCUGGAGAUUCGUCCUCGAUUCAUCCUCGACUACUCUGUUGUAGUGCUCAAAGGUCGAGUCAUUGACUAUAUUGCCAUGUCUGCAUCACCCGUAGAGACCUCUCGAUCAUUUGAAGUGGGCGUACUCGAUGCUGGCUAUUUACGGAGUGUCACGCAAGUUCUAUCAGGGCUGUCGAAUGUACUGUUCCACUUAGGGAUCACGCUUGAAAACGCCUGUUCUCUUUGUCGAGCAAUCAUGGCACUUGACCCGGCUUGGUCACCCGCUCUCCAUGAGAAACGCUCACCUAUCGAACAGACUGUGUUUCAUUUACUGUCACUCUAUCGUUACCUUCUCUCCGUCAUAUCGCGUGCUUCUGAUAUCUGUUCUGCGACCCAUAUAACUGAGGAUUGCGUAAAAGUCAUCCAGGAGCUGGCUGGGUUGCUCAAAAACACAAUCAACGUUGACGUUCUCUCUGCUCUUGAUGAACUUAGUCUUGAGGAGAAGGAAGCGAAUGCUGAAGUAUAUCGGCAUCAAGUGAUAAGGGCACGCUCGUUCUGCGUCACCAAACAGAACCUUAUCUGUAACGGCAUGCACGAAGUACAAGAAGGGGACGCAAUAGCAGCUCUCCAGGGCGCGGAAAGGUUGUACAUUCUUCGCCCCGUCGGCGAUAGAUAUCGGCUAGUCGGCGACGCUUUCAUUCCUGGUCUGAAUUUCGGAGAAGCAUACGAGGGUCUUGAUCCGGACGAGGUGGACUACGACAUUGAGAUAAUGUAA